GUACCGUUAUUUAUGAGGCGUAAACGUUGGUAGGGUGAAAUAAAACUUUAGUGCGCCAUUAAAAAAAAUUGUCGACUGCAUAUUUAUCGCUUGGGUAAAAGGGCUGAAUAGGCCGGAUGUAUUAAAAUACUCGGGGCACUGUGAUAAGCGCCGUAAACGCGUUUAUUGUAUAAUGGACUUUCCAGAUUGUGAGAAUAGAUAGAGGAUCAUCUAGGUUUAGUUCGGCUUAAAACUCCGCUGAGUUGAGACUGAUCGAAGCUAGAGAUGAUAUUGUUAAUGAUUAUUCAAUUUUUCAUCGUGAGACCGGCUAUCGGACAAUAUGAUGUGUCUUAUGGAUCACCAGCAUAUAAACACUGUGUAUGUGGCAAAAAAAAUCCACCCCUCGUUGGUGACAUCCGCAUAGUGGGUGGAUACACCGUCAAAGAAGGCGAGUAUCCAUGGAUGACAAUGAUAACAGGGAACGGCUCACUAUUGUCUGGUGGUUCCCUGAUAAACGAUCGCUAUGUGGUGACUGUUGCACAUUUGCUCACUUUUGGUUUCAGAAUCACCGAGCUGAAAGUUGUCGUAGGUGAGUACGACCGGUGCCGUUUCGACACUCGCACUGUAAUUUUCUCGGUCGAGAGGACGAUUAAGCAUCCGGCGUACAACUCUGAUAACAACUACGCGGAUCUAAUGCUGAUGAGAUUAAAUAUGAGAGUGACGUUUAAUGAGUUUGUUCGGCCCAUUUGUCUACCACCUUUUGAACCAUUCGUGCGAACCAGAAAGCGAUACAGUGGAAAAAAUGUAACUGCCCUGGGCUGGGGACUGGCUGACAUCGCCGAGGAAGUUUGCAUUCAACGAGCGGUUGAAUUGCAAGUUCUUAGAGAUGAGGAUUGCGAUUUGAAGGUGGAUACUCUUAUUUGUGCCGGUGCUUAUGGAAAUGGAAAAGAUGCCUGUGCUGGCGACAGCGGAGGACCUCUCCAGAUUGUUAACAAAUGGAAUAAAUAUGAAUUGUUAGGAAUAGUAUCAUCAGGAGUGGGCUGUGGUACAGGAACUCCGGGAUACUACACAGACAUACCCAGGAUGGUCCCCUGGAUAAGGAAAAUCACCACACGUGACUCUAUGUAUUGUUGGCGUUAGUAUCGAAAAGUUUGGCAAGCGGUAUCCCCCAGGUUGGAAACCCCGAAAGUAUUCUCCUAAUGGACCAGUGUCCAAUACUUUACGAUAUACUUCUGGAUCACGUGGGGUCUUUAUAAACGAAGAGGGUGCUUCAGUUGUGGGGAAUAAAUACUUAACUACUUCAGGGGUCUCCAGAGACCAAUUUCAGGGGGUGAAUAUCCUCUAGACACGCUCAAUGUGUCUUCAAUCAUACUGUGGCUCUUCUAUUCUUUAUUUGCAGGACUACAAUACAAUUUACCAGAAGAACCUCGCCGAUUUUAUAAAAUAUUUAAUAAACUAUAUGAAAUAUUGGAUCAUCGUUAUUCUGAUUUGAGAAUUACGUAGUAACCCAAGGCAUUUUUUUAUCGAACAUAUGCGACUAAUAAAAAAUAUUAUUGAAAAGAAAUUAAAAAAACCUCUGAAAGGUACUAUUAAAAUCUCGUCUACUCAAACUCAUUUAUGAUUAUAGACCUCAUAAUUAUAGAGCGAU